AUGCUGGAUCGGAUGGCGGAAGAACAAAAUUCCAAGGCAAACAGCUCGGGGCCGAAAUUUGCAACAGCAGACGCGCUCUCACUCGAGCACUCGAGCAGCCAGCCAAUCGGAAAAUUCGAACUUGCCGCAGCAGCUUUCCGUCAGAAUCGGGCUGGCAGUCGGCGAGUGUUGCUGCUUCUGCUGCUGCUGCUGUUGCGCUGA